GAGAGCUCCGAACCAAGGGCAAUUUGUCGAGCCAAAGAGUCCUCGACUGGGGUCAAUUGGUGCUGGACAGCUCAUGAUUCAUCUGGCGAAUUCCGUGGUAGUCUGAAACUGCUACAGAUCCCUUCUCAUGCCGACUCUCGGAGGCCUACUGAAGAAGAAGCGGACGAAGGACUCCAACAGCCUAUCAAAGGAGAUCAGUUCCUCACAGGAGACCGGCGCGGACAAUCACACCAAUCCCAAUUCCCCCGUUGAUGCAAACCAUUCCAGCAACCAGUCACAGAUGAACUCGACAGUAGCGCAGUCGCACCCCUCCUCGGCUUCCCAGCAUCAGAAUGUCUCCAGCAUACACCACCUAAUAAACCACCACGAUGCGCAGGCGGCCGGGGGAGGGCACCAUGGAAGUCAAUCACAGCAGCAGGCUGUGAAGGCGCAACCUCGACAGCUCAAAGGAAAAUAUCUAUUGGAGGACUUCUCGAUCCAGCGGACCCUGGGAACAGGCAGUUUUGGUCGAGUGCAUCUGGUGCAGUCCAAGCACAACCACCGCUUCUAUGCGAUCAAGGUGCUGAAGAAGGCGCAAGUCGUCAAGAUGAAACAAGUCGAACACACCAAUGACGAAAGGAGGAUGCUGCAACGCGUCCGGCAUCCCUUCUUGAUCACAUUAUGGGGUACAUUCCAGGACUCGAACAACCUAUACAUGGUCAUGGAUUUCGUGGAGGGUGGAGAGUUGUUUAGUCUGCUUCGCAAGUCGCAGCGUUUCCCCAAUCCCGUCGCCAAAUUCUAUGCCGCUGAGGUGACAUUGGCCUUGGAAUAUCUGCACUCUCAGCAUAUCAUCUACCGAGAUCUCAAGCCCGAAAACUUGCUGUUGGAUCGACACGGCCAUUUGAAGAUUACCGAUUUCGGUUUCGCAAAGGAGGUUCCCGAUAUCACAUGGACUCUCUGUGGGACGCCAGACUAUCUGGCCCCGGAAGUUGUGUCGUCAAAGGGCUAUAACAAAUCCGUUGACUGGUGGUCACUCGGUAUUUUGAUCUUUGAGAUGCUGUGCGGCUUUACACCGUUCUGGGACAGUGGUUCCCCCGUGAAGAUCUAUGAGAAUAUCCUUCGAGGAAAGAUCAAGUAUCCACCUUAUAUGCAUCCCGAUGCGGUCGACUUGCUUUCGCAGCUCAUCACGCCGGAUCUCACGAAGCGGCUUGGCAACUUGCACGGCGGCUCUGAGGAUGUCAAGAACCAUCCUUGGUUCGCGGAAGUGACAUGGGACCGCUUGGCGAGGAAAGAUAUCGACGCUCCAUAUGUGCCGCCCGUUAGAGGUGGCCAGGGUGACGCCAGCCAAUUCGACAAGUACCCGGAGGAGCGUGAAGCCUAUGGUGCUCAUGGUGAUGAUCCUUACGGCCAUUUGUUUUCCGAGUUUUAGUCUCCAAUGCUUAGUAUUACGAUGAAACGAUGCAGAUGCAUAGCAGAAGACGCUGGAUGACAGAUCUCGCCGACAAUGUCCCGGUAUAGUCGUUACUAUCUUAUAUUUUGCUAACCUGCAUAAUCCUACCUUAUACGCUCUCGUGCGGUUAUAUUCUAGUGUGGGGCUUUUACUGCUUCGGGCCCCUGGCUUUGGUCGCUAGUCGAUCACUCACAGUGACAUCUCUUCAUCUUAUCUACCUGGACUG